GAUGUAGUGGCAGCCCAUUGUGUGGUAGAGAAAUUUGGUGGUUGCCUAGGCCAAAGCUGGUCCACAGUCACUGUGACCAAGACUGGUGGGAGGGUGUGCAGAGUGAAUCAGGGUGCUGGUACAGGUGUGAGGUCUGGAGUGUGCGGUGCCUGCGUGGAAGGGCCACAGCAGCAACUCUGGGAUCCAGAAAUGGACUCCAGUAUCAAGGAAGAAAUUCCUGUGCAUGAGGAAUUCAUUUUAUGUUGUGGAGUUGAAACCCAGGUUCUAAAAUGUGGGCCCUGGACUAACCUCUUCAAUGAGCAGAGAGCCAACAGGCCUAAGCUGCUUAUUUUUAUUAUUACAGGUAAUCCAGGUUUUUGUUCCUUUUACGUACCAUUUGCAAAGGCUUUGCACUCUUCAACAAACAGACGCUUUCCGGUUUGGGUCAUCAGCCAUGCUGGACAUGUCUUGGCCCCCAAAGACAAGAAGAUUCUUACAACCUCGGAUGAUUCAGAUGCUCAAGCAGUUAAAGAUAUCUAUGGACUACAAGGCCAAGUGGAACACAAGCUAGCUUUCCUGAGAACUCAUGUGCCAAAGGAAAUGAAACUCGUGGUCAUCGGCCAUUCAGUAGGCUGCUAUAUUUCCCUUGAGAUUUUGAGGCUUGCUCCUGAACUCCCAAUAAUUCGCUCCUUUCUGCUCUUUCCAACAAUUGAGCGAAUAUCAGAGUCACCAAAUGGCAGGAUCGCCACUCCCCUUCUGUGCUGGCUUCGAUAUGGUCUCUAUGUUCUUGGCUACCUUUUACUUAAACCAUGGCCUGAGAAAAUCAAGUCCCUGGUGUUAAGAAUUGCCCUUCAAAUGAUGAACCUGCAGAGUGAAUUUUCGGUCCUGAAUAUACUGGAACCAUUCUGCCUCGCUAAUGCUGCGUACCUUGGAGCCCAAGAAAUGAUGAAGUUGGUGGAGAGAGACAACAAAACCAUAAGGACACAUUUAUCUAAGCUUACAUUUUACUAUGGUACUAUAGAUCGUUGGUGUCCAAUAAAAUACUACGAAGACAUAAAGAAAGAUUUUCCGGAAGGAGAUAUUCGACUCUGCGAGAAAAAUUUACCUCAUGCUUUUAUCCUCCAUUUUUCCAGAGAAAUGGCUGACAUGAUAGCGGACUGGCUAAAGGGUGAUUUGUCCAAAAUAUAAGUCCUGACAGGUGGAGGCAUCGCUGACAGUACAGAGCAGUGAUAGGUGUGCUGUCUCUUAGUAGUGAGUAGUGUACUUAGUAGGUAAGUGUCCGGUGUUAGUGUUUGAUGCUAGAAGACUGGGCUUGCUGUCAGCUCCGAGCAGUCUCCCCAUACUACAGGUUGACGUAAGCACAGUUGAUGAAAUAUGCCACAGGUUUAACAGAAUCAUUUUCCAAGACUCAGGGAACACAGUGGUCAGUGAUCUAAACAAGACCUCUUCUGUUGGCACAGGAUACCCAGUUGGCACCAGGCAGUUUAUUCUAGUGGGCAGGAUCCUUGCAGACAGAAGGAGGUCUAAAUUUAGUUGGUUUUAAUUGAGUUACCUUGUAGAAUAGGCUCUCCUAGAGGAAAUUAUGAAAAUGUAAAAGAGAUCAGUGAAUGCUCAGUCAGAUACGUAAGUGUAUAUGAUCAUGAGGACAUGCAUUCCAGUAGCAGAAAGUGAUGACUGGGGGUUCUUGGCAGUGGACCUGGGUCUCCCUUAAGCACAGAAGCCACAGAUCAACCCGGACUAAUUUUGUACAGGUCCUGGCUGAGGUCAUCAGAAUCCAACUGGAUGCCAGGUAGCCUGCAGGACCUUCCCCACCCCACCCCAGCCCCCCGCUCUGACCCGUUACUACCUUGCAUCAUUGCAUCGUGUCACAGGCCCCCCAGCAGGGCCAGUAUCCGGGGACCUACUGCUUGUCUCCAUCUCUGAAAAGCUUCCCUGAGGAGGGAGACUUCCUGAUCUUCCUGCAUUACACAGAGAGUAAAGUUCACCAGACAUUCCGCUGGUGAAGGGACCCAAUAAGAGCCGUUGAAGGACCCUGACCGUGCCUCCUGCCACAAGACCGCCAGCAAGCUCUGUGCCGAGCCUGCCAAGUUGUGAGCUCACUGCAGGCCCAGGAUGAGGAGGCCCUGGGUUGUCCCAAAGCCAGUCUGUCCCUACCUCGUGGACUUGCCUCUUCUGUGAUUUUGUCCAAUAAAACUACAGCGGGCCAGCUUUGAGCUAAAUACUGUGCUAGGUGUUGAGGAUGGAGUUCUGAGCUACGCCAUGAUUCUUCUGCAAAUCGUCGAGGAAGUAAUUUUUAAGAGGGCAUCUUUCAGUCACUGAAUAGAGAAUACCAUAAAUGAGCUCUACAUUUCUGCCUUGGCUUUGUGAGUUGGAAAGAAAUUGUUUUACUAAUGGACCAAACAGGCCGCUCAAUUAUGUGAAUUCACCUUCUCUGGAUGCCUUGAGGACCAGUAGAGAAGAAGCUUGCUCUCCCGCCUAGAGUAGGCUCACAAUAUUUCUGCCUUCCCUAAAAUGACUCAAUCCUGGGAUCCUAGGAGCCAAUAAAUUCCACUUACUGCAGUAAUAGUUGUCAGUUGAUCAAAAAUGUUCAGUUUUCUCCUUGAGGAGACCCCUCAUGGCAUUAUCAUUCGUAAAGAACAAUAGAAUGUUGUCCUUCCUUUCAAAGCCUAGAGCCCCAUGAUGAAAGCUUCAGCUCUGAUAUGCUGCCAACCCAGUGGUGAGGGUUGAACGAGCUACUGUCCCUUGGCAUGGCACGCCCCAGGCAAGGAGCACUCCUGGCCUCGGAAAUAAACCAGGAGACACACAGGCCACUGGCACAGGGCUACACAUGAAAUCCUGAUUGGCUGCUGUGUGGGUGGGCCUUCCGGAAAUCUGGUGUUAGAAGCUCAGAUUCUCAGCUCUGAAGUGCCUUGCACAUAGGAGAUGCUCUUAGUACUAACUUGAAGCCCUUGACCAAGUCCUGGGUGAAUCGCACCUACUCAGAAAAUAACAUCCCCAGCUCUUCUGUCAACAGUUUGUAUUACUCCGUCCACAUGUAUGACAUUCAGUCUUAUUGUGGUUUUUCAGAGCUUAAAAAAAUGAUAGGAAGUAGAAGAUACUGGCUUGUUUUCUGUUUAUCAUGUAAUCACCAAAUGAAUUCUCAAAAUAAAUGUUUUACCAGCACUUA